AUGACCGGUGCGGUCAAGGGCAAGGCGCUCCUCUCAGUCGAGGCACGACUGCGCCAGCUCAUGCAGGCCCGCAAGCAGCGCGAGACGGCGUGGUUUGUCUCGACAUGGCGCAGGUCGCAUCUGCGUUUGAGAAACGUCACGUGGCCUCCGUCCAAUCCGCGGGUUGCUGAGAUGGCAGCAGCCAAUAGGUUGCCUCCACGCGUGCCUUUCCGGAGUGCUACAAAAUCCAAGAGAAUGCAAGCGAGGAGUGUCCCUAGCAGCAAGCAUCGGAGAGCAAGCAAGGCUUUGUUGGGAGAUGAUGAUGUGUCAGCAGCAGGACGUGAUGACGUGGCAGCAGAAGUAAAUGGUGACGCAGCACGUGAUGAGGUGGCAGCAGUGGGAGAUAAUGACAUCAUCAUUGUGUUGCUCGUGCACAACCGGCCGGUGUAUCUCAACCGCACUCUGGAUGCUCUGAGCAAAGUGGACGGCAUACAGCACGCCCUGCUUAUAGUCAGUCAUGACGGCUUCUACCCGCCCAUGCAUGCACUCGUCCGCUCCAUCUCCUUCUGCCGAGUCAAGCAGCUCUACUUCCCCUUCUCGCCGCACCUCUUCAACGGAACCUUCCCGGCAGCUUCCGCGGACGACUGCCGCGGCAAGUCAAGGCGACCCUGGGAGACCAAAGCAGGGGGAGCUGAGCGGUGGGAGCAGUGGCUGAGUAAAAGUUCAAGACAGGGCGUGCGUAAAAAGGGCAUGGCAGGAGGAGGGGUUGGUGGGCUCAGCAAUGGGCUCAGCAAUGGUGUGAGCGAGAAGGAGAGGGUGGGGGAGGGGGAGAGAGUGGGGGAGGGGGAGAGAGUGGUGGAUGGGAUGCCGUGUUGGGGCCAAGCAGAUGAAUUCGGCUCGUACCGCGACCCAAGAUUUGUCUCCCUUAAGGUGCAUGUGGGACUCUAUCCCCCUACCCGCCUCCCCUCUACUUCCUUCCCCCCGUAUCCCCGUUUUCUCAUCUUCACGUUUCCCUUUUGCUUCCGCUCUCUCCGCCCAUUCACCUUGUCCCAGCACCACUAUACAUCCCCUCCCGCGCAGCACCACUGGUGGUGGGUGCAGAACACGAACACGGUGUGGGACGGGCUCCCAGAGACCAAGGCGUUCAACGGCCACAUGCUCUUUAUAGAGGAGGACCACUGGCUCUUCCCCAACGCACUUACCCACCUCCGCGCUUUGCUAAGUGCCAAGCAGCGCAGGCGCUGCAACGAGUGCAUCGCUGUGGGCCUCGCCCCUGCUGAUGUGGGGGUGGUGGAGGAUGAGGAGGAGGGUGCGGUGGAGAGGAGGGGAGUGAAGGUUGUUAAGGCGCCCUCAAACGCCUUUGCUUCCUCAAACGCAGAGCGAGCAGAGCGGGAGGUGGAGGAUUGGCAAAGGGGCGCGGCUGGAGCGAGGGGAUUGAGGCUGUCGAUCAGAAGAUUCGAGGGGAAUGCGGUAGAGAAGGGUGGAGUUUUGAGGCGGAUUGGGCACUUCACGGCGGAGAGGCUGGGCAACGUGGGUUACAGCUUCAACCGCAGUGUGUGGGCGAUGAUGCAUUCCCUGGCAGAGGUAGGGUGGUGGGUGUAUGGAGUAUGA